AUGUCUUCGCGACCUGAAAACACCCCUCAGAGCUCAAGUGCUGUAAAGUGCUCUCAGGGUUCCCAAUCUCAACUCGACUGUCAACCACUUUCAUACAGAACCAGCUCCGAACGAAUUCAACACUGUGAUACUAACAUAUCUCGCACAGUCGGACGGAGAAGAGAUCCAGAACCCCCCGUCGCCGCCGAUGAGGUUGAGGUUUCCGCCGAUGCCGGCUCCGGACAGAUGUCCGUCCUCGAUGCCCUCAAGGGUGUCCUCCGCAUCUCCCUGAUCAACGACGGUCUUGCCCGUGGUCUGCGUGAGGCUGCCAAGGCCCUUGACCGCCGUGAGGCUCACAUGUGUGUCCUCAACGAGGGUUGCGAGGAGGAGGCUUACAAGAAGCUUGUUGUUGCCCUUUGCUCCGAGCACAAGAUUCCUCUCAUCAAGGUUCCCGAUGGAAAGCUCCUCGGCGAGUGGGUCGGUCUCUGUAAGUAUACUCAGUCCUAUUUCAUCAACGGUACAUUGGCUAACAUCUUUCUUUCUACAGGCACCCUUGACCGUGAGGGUAACGCCCGCAAGGUCGUUAACUGCUCUUGCGUCGUUGUCAAGGACUGGGGUGAGGACUCCCAGGAGCGCUCCGUCCUGCUCAACUACUUCCAGACCGAGCAGUAG